CGGGAACAGCACUUGAAGGAUUUGGAAGCCGUUUUCUCUCUCCUGCAGCAGCACCGACUCAUCACAAAAGGAUCUAAGUGCGAGUUCCUAAAACAAGAGCUGGAGUUUUUGGGCCACGUCAUUUCCAUCAAUGGUGUUAAAAUCGACCCUAAGAAGAUCGCGAACAGACAAGACUGGAAGCCGCCGGCUAAUCUCCGAGAACUUCAAAUUUUCAUGGGAUUUGUGAGUUACGUUCGCCGGUUCAUUCCGGACAUGGCGGGGGUAACUUCCCCUCUCACGGAUCUCCUGAAGAAAGGCAAGUUUUAUGAGUGGGGGGGAGAGCAGCAGGCUGCGUUCGAACAGCUCAACCUUUUCCUGACUACAUCUCCGGCUCUUCGAAUUGCAGAUCCUCACCCUCCGUUCGAGCUCAUCACCGAUGCUAGCGACCUUGCUGUUGGCACAUUACUGUUACAAGACUUCGGCGAAGGCCUUCAACCCAUCGCCUACGAGUCACGAAAGCUGAACCCGGCCGAGCAAACUUAUCCUGUCCACGACAAGGAGUUACUCGCCAUCGUUCAUGCUUUCAAGGUCUGGUGCUGGUACGUGACGGGCGCUGACGUGACAGCCAGAACAGACCACAAAUUGCUACAGUUUAUCCGCGCCCAACCGGCACUUAAUCCCCGACAGAUUCGCUGGCUCGAUUACCUCGAGUCAAAAUUCUACUACAGAGUCACCUACAAACGGGGGGUUAGCAACAUCGCUGACGCGCUGACCCGCCCUUCAGUCCACACCGCCACAGUCCUAAUUACCCAAGCUAAUCCGCUGCUAACUGGCCUAUUCACCCACGGAUACACUACCGAUCCCCGACCCUGACAACAAGUGACGAUAGAUUUC